AUGGCAGCACAUCAGCUCACCAUCGAAAGAGCCAAAUUUUCUGCUUGCUUGCUCAAACCCGACAUUCCUACAGUGAACCGCGAUCAGGUUGCAGUUUGCCUAGAGCGACUCGACAAGGCGGUUUCGCGAUGCUCGCCUUCAAAUAUACAGAGCUGUAUCGCCUGGCUUUUAAGCAACAUUGUGUCUUCUUCCCCCCGUGUUGUGGGGCUAGGCAAAUAUUUAGUUGCCCUAGCCAACGCGGAGGAUACCUCGAGGAAUGAAGAUGGAUACGACAAAAAGACAAAGACCUCGUCUUCAACUUGUCGCAAACGGCUGCAUAUUCUCUAUCUCUUGAAUGACCUUCUACAUCAUACAAAAUAUCACACAUCGAAUUCUUCCUCAUUCCCCAGCUUCGUCGAGCCUUUACAACCAUUUAUAACCGAGCUUGUCCAGCUUGCUUCACGUCAGGACCGCCCAAAGAUCCGGACGCGGAUAGACAGUUUGUUGCAGGUAUGGGAAGAAGAUGCUUACUUCAGCAAAGGCUAUGUGGACAAAUUGAAAGAAAGCGCAGUCCCCAAUGCCACGGGCACAGCUGGUGAAGCGUUUGUUGAUCGUGUAACUUCGACCAGUCAAAUUCGCGACGAGAAAGACCAAGCGUACCUGAUGCCAGCAAGUCAUGGAGAUUCAUCCACACCAUAUUACGAUUUGCCUGCUGGGAAUCUGAUGCCUCAUAUCAUGCCAAAUAGAUCAAUACCGAUUCGAAUGGAUGAUGUUCGAGCCUUGCAAUUUGCCGCUGGCCCGGCAGACGACAACUUGGUCGUUGCUCUCAAACACUUCAUGAGCGCCGUGGAGAAGCUCGACAACCCUGUUAUGGAUGUCCACGACGGUGAGGGUAACACAGAGGAUGUGGAUGAGCUUGGACAACCUUUGUUACGCGAUGAGGCGGGGGAGUUUAUCACCGGACAUACAUAUUACGGGUGGAGCCGCGCAUUCUGCGAAAAGAUGCGUGGUCGAAGUGUAAAGAAGGUAGCACGCUCAGGUAGGGAAAGAUCAUACAGCUCAAGCAGGAGUCGGAGCCGAAAUCGACGGAAGAGAAGACGAUAUAGCCAUUCCACAAGUAGCACAUCUGCAUCUUAUAGUCGAUCACGAUCAAGAAACCGGUCGAACUACAACAACUUCGGAAAUGGUCGGCAAGAAAAUAGCUCAUCAGAGAGAGGACAUCACGAUAACCGUCCAAGUUCUCAGCCCCGCAUAUACAAUUCCACAUUUCAACCAGCAAUGUCUCAGUCGGAUACGCAGCCUCCAGAAAAAAAUGGUCCCUUUCAUGAGAUGUCUACGCAAGGCUUUCAGCAUCCAGCUUAUCCGCUUCCAGAAGGUAUUCCUUUGCCUCCUUCCUUGUCGGCUCCCCACAAGAGAUUCAGUCAGCACGUCUUUCCGCCACCUCCUUUAGGUCUUGGAAACCUUCCUAUCCCCCCGCCGGUAAAUUAUUCUGGACCAUGGCCUCCACCGCCUCCCCCACCGCCUUCGAAUAUGGUUUUCAAGACAAGUUCAAGCAAUGAGCCAUACUAUCCAUCACAAGGCUUUUCAAGGCCACCUUCAUACCAAGGAGAACCAAGCCAUGGUAGUGGCUCAGACCACACUCAGUGGCCGCGUUGA